AUGACUGUCUGCGGUGUUGGAUCGUGGGCCUUAUCGAGUCUGGACUUCGUUUGUAAAGAACUGAACUGCGGCUCUGCAGUAGAAGCACCGCUUAAUGCUCAUUUUGGAGAAGGAUCGGGACCCGUUAUUGGACCGCCUGGCUGCAGCCAUCAACAGGACAUUGGAGUGAUUUGUUCAGAAAGCAGAGAUCUCAGACUGGUGUCUGUGGACUCCCGAUGCUCCGGUCGUCUCGAAAUCCGCCAGCGGCAGCAAUGGGGGACAGUCUGUGACAGUUACUUCGAUUUGGAAGACGCUGCGGUGGUCUGCUCGCACCUCCGGUGCGGGACAGUAGCGGCGAUCCCAGGAAGAGCUCAGUUCGGGAAGGGAACCGGCCCAGUGUGGAACCAAAAGUACAUGUGCCGGGGCUACGAAUCCCGAUUGUGGGAUUGUCCCAUUUCUCCUUGGGAUCGAUUCAGCUGCUCACAUGAAAGUGACGUCAGCGUUAUUUGCUCGGAGAAAAAUUGGGUUCCGAGACUAACAAAUGGGGGAAGCCGCUGUGAUGGGCGAGUGGAGAUAUACUACAACCGCAGCUGGGGAAGAGUGCAAGACAACCUCUGGGACAUUAAUGACGCCAAUGUGACCUGUCGGGAGCUGGGCUGCGGCUAUGCGAUAUCUGUCUACAGUUCUUCAAAGUACGGAGAGAGCGAAGGGCCCGUGUGGGUGAAUGAAGUUACCUGCCAAGGAAAUGAGUCGCAGCUCCAGAUGUGCAACUCAUUGACAUUGAAUCCAUUUCUCGAUGACAGCGAUGGCGUAGGCGUCCUGUGUUCUGAACACUUACAAUUACGGCUGACCGGCGGCGGAAGUCCAUGUGCUGGUCGAGUUGAAGUCUACUACGGUGGAGCAUGGGGCUCGGUUUGCGACGAUUCCUGGGAUCUGGCGGACGCUCAGGUGGUUUGUAGACAGUUGGGUUGCGGGAACGCUUUGGAGACAAAACUUUCUGGUCGCUGUGGACAAAUCUCAGACCGAAUAUGGUUGGAUGAACUGAGUUGUUCGGGUUACGAAUCUUUUCUGUGGCAAUGUCCGUCAGCACCAUGGGGCGAACACGACUGUUCUCACAAAGAAGAUGCGAUGGCUAUGUGUUCUGAACACAAAGAGCUGCAGCUGGUGAAUGGAAAACAUCGCUGUGAAGGAAGAGUGGAAGUGUUUUACAAUGGGAGCUGGGGAACGGUGUGCUCGGAGUCACUGGAUGACGUUGAUGCAGAAAUCAUCUGUAAACAGUUACAGUGCGGCCCUGUCCAAAGUAUUCUGUAUGACGCACGAACAUUCGGAGAAGGAUCGGGAAACAUUUGGCUCGAAGGAGUGGCGUGUGAUUCACAUGAGUUAACUCUUUGGCAGUGUCGGUCAGACCCAUGGGGUGAACACAACUGUAACCAUAAAGAGGAUGCAGGUGUUGUUUGUUCAGGACAACAACUGCGUUUGGUCGGGAGAAACAGCAGCUGUUCGGGGAGGGUGGAGAUACUGUCCAACAACAGCUGGGGUACAGUGUGCGAUGACUCCUGGGACCUGGCCGAUGCUAACGUUGUCUGUAGGCAACUGGGCUGCGGCUCCGCUUUAUCGGCUGCGGGAAGGGCGGCCUUUGACCAGGGCGACGGUGUGAUCUGGCUGGAUGAGGUGAAAUGCACGGGAAGUGAAUCCUUUCUCUCCGACUGUGGUUCCUCGCCGCCAGGUCAGCACGACUGUGAUCACAAGGAAGAUGCCGGUGUCAUUUGUUCUGAAAGCGUGCAGCUGAGACUCGCGAACGGAGGGAGUCAAUGCGCCGGGAGAGUGGAAAUUCACUACAACGGGACUUGGGGAACGGUGCAUGAUUUUCUUUGGGACCUGCCGGACGCCGCUGUGGUGUGUCGGGAGCUGGGGUGCGGGGUCGCUCUGGCAGCCCCACCCGGGGCUCAUUUCGAGGAAGGGUCAGGGCCCUUUGUGACCGGGUAUGUAAAGUGCGGCGGGAACGAGACUGCUCUGCGGAACUGCGAAUCGUAUCCAUGGGGUCAUUAUCCUUUGACGCACUCCAACGAUGCCGGCGUUAUCUGCGCAGAGGCGAACUGGCGAUGCCCAGGAGUCGGCGUUCGGCGUGUGCUUGGUGCUGUCAGCGCGCCAUGCCCGGCUCCAAGUGUCUUCGCCGAUCAAAUAAAUUUGGAGAAUGCUGCAAAAAGAGGCACCAAACUCAGAUUAGUGAAUGGGAACAGUCCUUGUGCGGGGAGACUGGAAGUUUACGAGAAUCGAACAUGGAGGACAAUUUGCAGUGACGAAUCCUGGGCCUUAGCUGCUGCUGACAUUGUUUGUAAGGAGCUGGGUUGUGGCUCUGGAGCUGUGGUGCAGAUGGAUGCUCACUUUGGUGAAGGAACUGGACCAGUUAUCGGCCCGCCCGGUUGCGGACAUCAACGGGAUCUUGGUGUGAUCUGUUCAGAAACCAGAGAUCUCAGACUGGUGUCUGUGGACUCCCGAUGCUCCGGUCGUCUUGAAAUCCGCCAGCGGCAGCAAUGGGGGACAGUCUGUGACAGAUACUUCGAUUUGGAAGACGCUGCGGUGGUCUGCGCGCACCUCCGGUGCGGGACAGUAGUGGCAAUCCCAGGAAGAGCUCAGUUCGGGAAGGGAACCGGCCCAAAGACUGCACCUCCGGUGGAGCACCGCCGCCUCAGUCCUGGUCUAGAGCGUUCACCGCACAAGUUUCUGAAAUGGAACUUGAAUCCAGAACAAUCUGGCUCGGACUCCGAAUGCAUGCAAGGCUAG